CCCUCGCGCGAGCUGCGUCUACCGAGAGUAAGGAAGCCGACAGGGACCUGAGCGAGGCCAAUCAGCGGCCACAAGGAAGAGUGCGGAAAGGACCCGCCCGCCUGAUCCUGCGAGUGACGUUCGGCGGCCCUGAGCUGGUGGCGUAGCCGUCCGCCAUCCUUCGUCUCGUCCGCUUGCCUGGAGGCGUCCUGCCUCGGCGCUGGCCCUGCGGCCAUUUUGAGCUUCGCUUCCACCCGCCCGCCGGCCCAGCCCUUCCGGGGUCGCUUAGCUGAGGGGCUUUUCCACGGUCCGUCUCUCCUGGCAAGUCGCCGCCGCCGCCUCCGCGGAAGGGCUCCUAUCUAUGGUGGAGAGGGCUGGAGAGGACUAGGACACCUCCUUUCCGCCAGGAUGGAUGUCGCCUCGGCCGCCGCGUCCUGUGUCCGCCGUUCCGGACUGUGGUCUGCCGCCCGCGGCCGAAGCCGCUCUCCUCUGUGGCUCUUCUGUUGGCCCGGGGAUCGGCCUGGGGCAUCAACUCCGCCGCUGGGCAAGGCUGAGACUCUGUAGGCCUUUUGGAGUCCCUCCCGGCCGCCCGCCGCUGAGCUCCGCGUUCCUCCCUGAGAGACUGCCGAGAACGCGGAGAUGGAGCCGGCAGACGGAUCGCGGGAACGGGCCGCCCCGCUGGCGGACUCCCGGUUCCGGCUGCCCUUCUUCUUCCCUCGGCGCUCGCGACCAGGCACUUCCAAGUUCCCCGCACCUCCUGCCUCGGAACACUCCGGGGAUCUCAAACUGGCUUCUUGUCCCCCGCCGGAGGCUCGGCGCAGCUCGUGGAUGCAGGUGCUUUCCCAACUCUUCGCGCCGCUCCCCGGCUUGCUUCAGAAGCUGCUGAUCUGGAGCCAGCUUUUCGGUGGGAUGAUUCCGACCAGAUGGCUAGAUUUUGCUGGAGGCUACAGCGUGCUGAGAGCCCUGAGGGCCCGGGAGGAACCCGCCGCCCCCACGGCGCCGAAAUCUCUGAGUUCGCUGCGGCUCGACCCCUCGGCUGACGCGGCCGCCGUUCCCCUCGAUUGGCUAGAGGAGGGCAUCCACUGGCAGUGCUCGUCCCCAGAUCUAGAAUUGGAACUUAAAGCCAGGGGAGGAACUUUGGACUCCGCAGCCCACGCUUUUCUCCUAGAGCAGCAGCUGUGGGGAGUGGAGCUCCAAGCCAGUCUGUUCUCCGGCCGGGAACUUGGCCCUUCGCCCUCCGGGCCUCUCAACGUUCAGCGCUUAAGCAAUGCCAACGUCGUCUCCUAUUUGCUGAACCCCUCCUAUCUGGACUGCCUGCCCCGGGUAGAGCUGAGCUAUCAGAGCAGCGUUGGAAGUGGCGAGCUGGUCGAUUUCCAGGCGCUGAGCUCAGAGAGCGGCUGCCUGGAUGAGGUCCCGUCUCAUCCCCAGCCGCUCAACGCGGAGAUGGUUCGCGUCUCGUGGCAGGGAUGUGCGCCUCUCUCUAGAGAAGGGCUGCCCGAAAUCCACCAUCUUCGCAUGAAGCGGCUGGAAUUCCUUCAGCAGGCCAGCAAGGGCCAAGCGUUACCCACCCCUGACCAAGAUCAUGGCUACCACAGCCUGGAGGAGGAGCACAGCCUGCUCCGGAUGGAUCUGAAGCACCGCAGAGAUAGUGCAACACAGUGUGUUCCCGCUGCUGGAGCCGUUCCCGGAACCGCUCAGGAACCCACUGAGGAGAAAAUAGAAUUGUUGACUAAAGAGGUUCCCCUUGCUCUGGAAAGACAGGGCACCUCGGAAGGCUGUCUAUCUUGUGAGGUUCCUACGGAGCAGGAGCCUGGAGAGGACCAAACAAGUGUAGUUGACUCCUCAGACAUAGACGAUGACCUUCCCACUUCUGCCAGACCAGCCUGUAGCAACAAAUUGAUAGAUUACAUUUUGGGAGGUGCAGCCAGUGACCUGGAAACAAGUUCUGAUUCAGAAGGUGAGGAUUGGGAUGAAGACGCUGAGGAUGAUGGUUUUGAUAGCGAUAGCUCACUCUCAGAAUCAGACCUUGAACAAGACUCAGAAGGGCUCCACCUUUGGAACUCUUUCUAUAGUGUCGAUCCUUAUAACCCCCAAAACUUCACAGCAACAAUUCAGACUGCUGCCAAAAUUCUUCCCAGAGACCCUUCUGGCUCAGAGACGGAUUUGUCUGACAAGUCUAAUCUAGAAAAUCCUCCCCGGACUGCAAGCCUUCCUGAGUCUCCUGACCGUAAUUCUGGAGAAGAAGAUGACUGGGAAUCUAGUGCAGAUGAAGCAGAGAGUCUCAAACUGUGGAACUCUUUCUGUAAUUCCGAUGACCCCUACAACCUUCUAAAUUUUAAGGCUCCUUUUCAAACAUCAGGGAAAAAUUGGGAAGGCUGUCGUGACUCAGAGAGGCCAUCUGAGUCUAUUGUGGCCAUUUCUGAGUGUCACACCUUACUUUCCUGUAAGGUGCAACUGUCAGGGAGCCGAGAAAGUGAAUGUCCAGACUUGGUACAGGGUGGGGUUCUUUCUGGAGAAAGACACACACACAUCCAGAGAAAAAAGGUAACCUUCCUUGAAGAAGUUACUGAGUAUUAUAUAAGUGGUGAUGAGGAUCGAAAAGGACCAUGGGAAGAAUUUGCACGGGAUGGAUGCAGGUUCCAGAAACGAAUUCAAGAAACAGAAGACGCUAUUGGAUACUGCUUGACAUUUGAGCACAGAGAAAAAAUGUUUAAUAGACUCCAGGAAAUGUGCUUCAAAGGACUUAAUGUUUUCGAGCAAUGUUAAGAUGAUGUGACAGCCUCUGGCCCUAGCAAACACUACCUCUUACUUGAGAGGUUUCUUUUAAAAACAAAAAUUGGCAGCUGUCCUUUGACUUUUUUCUUAGAGGAUAUGCAACUUGGAUCCAGUGACCUAAUUUAAUAUGUUUUUUUUUGCAAUAUAUCCCACUCAGAAAUGUACAGGUUUGAAGCCAAGACCUGAAAAUGAAGGAUGAGACGGUGUGAUUUCUAAUCCUCCUUUUUUGUUUAGUUGGAUUUGUUUUUGAAUGUUGUUUGCUUGCUGAAGUGAAAAAGGGACCUCUUAUGGUGUAGUUUUGCACUUUGAAAACUUAUUUUCUUGGGAAACAAUAUUUAUAGGGUUCGAAGCCCAUUUUUCAUUCUAAUUUAAAUUACGUGUACCUGUCUAAAAACUUUGGGCUCUUUUUUCCCCCCGAACAUUCUGAAAUUAAUGGGCUGUUAUGUUUUCUCUAUAUAUUUUUUUAUUUCAGUAAUUUGGCCCUUCUACUUCAAGGCUAAGAAAAUAAUCUUGUAUGUACUACCAACUUAAAGUACAUUAUCUUGUGUCAUUGUGGUUUUUUUUUCUUUCUAAAAAUGACUGGUUGAAAAUGUGUGGUGGGUUUUUAUUUCUGGAUUAAGCUCUACCUAGGAUAUUUCCAAGGACUGUCACAAAACCUAUAUGUGCAGUACUUUCUGUUACUUUGGGAAAGCUGCAUAUUUCUGCCAAAUUUUAACAUCUGAUAUACUUAAUUUCUGUGCAAACUCUUUUUUGAAGAAGAUUCUGUAUAUGUUAUUAUAGUUCCCACUUGGGUGGUUCUUUGUGUCUUCAACAGGUAGAAAUUGUUGUAAAAGACAGCAGAAGUAAUAAUUGCAUCAUAGUUGCUUUUAAAUUUAAAAGCUUAAAAUUUUCCUAGGAAGAAGAUAGGAGACAUCUCAGAGCAGUUUGGUCUUGUUGUAUGUGCUCUCAAAAGAAAACCAGUGUUAUUAAUAUCAUGCCUCAGCACCGUCACUUUUAAAACCUGUCAGGAUGGCACUGUGAACUUGGAAAUGGGCAGUUCUUAAUUUUCCAGUUUGAAAUGUAAAAUGUAGACUUCAGUCAAUAUCCAAGUUUAUGGUGUUCUCCUUUUUUAAUAGUGAGAGAAGUAAUGGCAAGACCUAUAGUUUCAGGAAAGAACUAUAGAUUUAACAAAUAGAAAGUCUUAAUAUCUUCAACCCAAAGUUUACUUUUGUUUUUUUUUCCACUUGAAAAAAGGCGGUAUCUUUAAUAAACAAAAGUGACAAUGUUCAUUUUCCAAAGCAAACUACAAACAAAAAAAAAAAAAAAAAAAACUACAAAGAAAUGAGAUUUUCCAGAUUUACCUUGACCAAAGUUUACUUUUGAAUCAAAGUUUCUGCAGUGACUGAUUGUGUUUGGUUUAUUUAGCUAGUUCUACAUGGUGUGCAUUUGUUAGGUUGAGGGAAUGUUAACCAACUCCUUAAUGGUCUAUUUUUAUUUCAUGUGCCUCCUAUCACAGGUAAUGGAAAACAUGAAUAGAAUAGAUGACCUCUUAAUUUUGAAGUUGUUCCAGAGUGGGGACAAAUUUUUCAUCAGAAGUGUUUGCAGGGUUACUACCUCAGUUUAUAAUCUACCUGGUCAUUAUUUUAUUUGUUUGGUUUGCUCUAAGAACUGCCUCUAGUGUUAAUAUGUAUAUAUAUGUGUAUAUAUAUAUUCAUACGUAAACACACUGAGAGUACAAGUAAAAGUCAGUUUUUUGCAGAGCCCUUCUUCAAUGUGGUUUGUGCCCCUGCAUUUUAGGUAAUCACAGGGAAUGCAUUUAUAGAGUCUGGUAUAACACCAUGGAAAUAAGCUAAGUUUCAAACACCAGCUGUGUCAGUUGGAAAGAAGGUGUCACUUGCCUUGAAAAGAAAACUUUGAAAAUGUGUAGGCAUUCUUUUAAAACCAGACUGAAGUAUACUGUUUUCAGAGACUUAGGUUGUGUUUUGUGUUUCUGAAAUCUUGCACCUCUGCAUAUAUGAAAAUAAUGGGAUAUCUUUACAUUUACUGGAUUUUGGAGAAUUGUUCCCUUGAGAUUCCAGCCUCACUACCAAAUACGUAAAAGCUUGGUGAAGAGUUCUCGCAUUUACUACCCUCCUUUAAAAGAAGUGAUCAGGUGGUGAUAAGGACAAAAGGGACCAUUUUAAAGUUGGACAAGGGAAGAAACAGAAUUCUUACCAGUUUCCUUCCGAUUCUAGUUGCUGGAACAAAGUUAAACCUUCAGUCUUAAAAUCCUUGGAAGUUUUAACUGAACAUUUUACACACCUAAAAGUCUUGCAACGGUGCUUUAAGUAUCAAUGUAGCAUAUGAAAGGCUUUGUACAGACAAGUAAAAUUUCCUUUUCUGAGUGUUCAAAUGUGAUAACACCAUCUCGUCAUCUUUAACUUGAAAUCAAAACUAUCAGAUUUUAUUUUUUUAUAAUUUAAGGAAGGUGAAGUUAGGGGACUAGAAGACAUCUAAAUUGGCUUCUACAGAUCCAAUGAUUUAAAUGUAACCAGUUUGUUGGGACUUUAUAGCUAAAAUUAUAUUUGUGUAUAUAACUGUUAGCUAAUCUGUAAAUUGUAAUAAAUAUAUUUGCAAUUAUUAAA